UCCGGAAGAGCCACUGGUGCGAGUUUAAUGGACAGGGAAGAGAUAUUUGUUUAGGUUAAACGUUAGUUUACAGAACACACAUACCUUUCUUUCGUCAAAUAGUCCGAUCCUUUUUAAAUCGCUAGCAUGCCUUUAUUUGCCCAGAAUCCAUUCGACCAAGAUGUUGAGAAGUCAACCAAUGAAAACAACACAACCGACGACUGGGGGCUCAUUAUGGACAUCUGCGAUAAGAUUGGGACGACAACCAAUGGACCCAAGGACAGCUUGAGAUCCAUCAUGAAGAGAGUCAACCACAAAGUGCCUCAUGUUGCCAUGCAGGCCCUCAAUCUGCUGGGUGCUUGUGUGUCAAACUGUGGAAAAAUAUUCCACUUGGAAAUCUGUUCAAGGGAGUUUGCCAGUGAAGUACGGAGUGUGCUCAGCAGGGCCCACCCUAAGGUGUGUGAAAAGCUAAAGGCCCUGAUGGUGGAGUGGACGGAAGACUUCCAGAAGGAUCCGCAGCUCAGUCUAAUCGGCGCCACCAUCAAGUCUCUGAAAGAGGAGGGCAUCACUUUCCCCUCCGCAUCCUCACAGGGGUCUACCACAAAGGUCAGCACACCUGCUGCCAGCAAAGCACUGGAUGAUGACGACCUGGCCAAAGGUAAAGUGAAAUGCCAUGAUUCAGCUCUACACUCAUCUUUAUCAAUCGAGCUGUCCUUGCAGGAGCAGAAGCAGCAGGCAGAGACACGGCCCCUGACCGUGACCUCCGACCCCCCAAACUACACCAAUGGUGGAGGGGGGCAGGAGGUCCGGAAGGUGCGAGCGCUGUACGACUUUGAAGCGGCCGAAGAUAAUGAGUUGACCUUCAAAACCGGAGAAGUUAUUCUGGUUUUGGAUGACAGCGAUCCAAACUGGUGGAAAGGAGAGAACCACAGAGGAGUGGGACUUUUCCCCUCCAACUUUGUCACAACCAAUCUGAAUGCUGAGCCAGAGACGGUGACUUGUGUUGAAAAGACAGCCAGCCCUGAGGAGACAAGCCUGGAACCCAAAGUUGAGCCCGAGCCUGUCUUCAUAGACGAGGGGAAGAUGGACAGGACGUUGGCACUGCUGCAGAAUGCAGACCCUGCAGAUCCGGCUCCGGACUCCCUAGAGCUGCUCCAGCUGGAGGGCGCAUGUGAACAGAUGAACCCGAUGAUUGAUGAGAAGCUGGAGGAGAUUGACAGGAAGCACUCAGAGUUGUCAGAGCUGAAUGUGAAAGUUUUGGAGGCCCUGGAGCUUUACAACAAGCUCAUGAACGAGGCUCCGUUCUACUCGUCCUACUCCAAGAUGCAGCAGCAGUAUGCGCCAGCCGGCUCAGCUGUGGCCAUGCAGGGCUACAUGGGGCCAGCCGGCGCUCCCUAUCUGCCUCCAGCGAUGCCCCAGGUUCCUGCCACACAGCCUUACAAUCUGCCCAGCGACCAGUCCGGACAACUGCAUUCACUGCCCCCCAACGUCUCCGCCCCACCCAACAGCCAAGCUGUUCAACCUCCCUACAUGAGCAGUGCUAUAAACACUCAGUACAUCAACCAAGCUGCUGGAGCUUCUUACCCACCCCAGGCGGGCGUGGCCAUGGACAUGUCGACCUAUCACAACCCUAGCAUGCCUCCUGUGUCCUAUCCUGUGGCUGCUCCACCUCACCAGGCUCCUCAGCAGCAGCAGGCGGUGUAUUAUCAACAGCCUCUGCUGUAAAACUCCAACUGACAGCAGACCUGACACGAAUUCACACCUCAGAUAUUUCAGUUGCUGGCUAUGUGUUCAUUUGGCUUACUGUGUGUGUGUGUGUGUGUGUGUGUGUGUGUGUGUGUGUGUGUGUGUGUGUGUGUGUGUGUGUGUGUAUUUGUGUGUGUGUGUGUGUUUGUUAACUGCUUCAGGAUCAUUCCUUUGGCCGUUUUUGUGCCUGUCGUGCUGGACUGAACACACCCCAGAAGAGUUGAAAUAACCGAGGUGUGUGUGUGUAUAACGCAGGUCUGCCGUGCAACUGAGUCAGGACUCGGCUACUGGAUGUGGGGCUAAACAUGGCGCCAGGGGUUUUUUUUUUUUUUUUUCCUCCUGUCCUCUACUUCUUUUUUCCGGGUUGACUGAAAGCGGCGCUGCUUUUCACAAACGUCACAGGUCAACACAGAAGAAGAGUUGGGUUUGCUCAUCAGCACAGCCAGUGAGCCAUUAUUUUUCUAAUUUAUGGAAAUGAGCAUAUCACAAUCGACAGUUCAACACAAUACUACUCCCAUAUAAACUAUUGCUGAGCUGUCCAUGCAACAUGUCAUCUUCUGAAGUAACAGAGGGUCAGACCAUGUCCACACUAAUGUAGAUAAAUGUGAAAAAAUGCUUCUUUCUCUCUCUGGCCUUCUGUUCACACGACCUUCUUUAGAGUGGCUGUGCAGUCCUCUGUCAAGGUCCAACACCGGACGUUUUCAGCCACAGUACGACUGUGAACUAGAUGUGUUUUGGCACCCAGUAUAGCCUAAUGCAAGAUCAAUGUAAUUUCAUGCACAAGUCAGAAUAAAAUAGACCAAGACAUUUCUCUGAAAGUAAAACGCGAGCCUUCACUCGAGCCUUUACACAUGGCUGAUUUAGGCCGGUGUAUUGAUCAAAACUGAAGCAUAUCUGUUCUGUCAGCUGCUUGUGAGACAGAAGGCCGACAAACACGGCUGAAACGUGUCAGGUAUCGACAGCCUGCAGUGCCGACAAAAACGCAACUUUUCAAGUGCGUUUUCCUAAGUCAGUAGAAUUGGAAACACCAGACUUGCGGUGUAGUGUGGACAAGGAAGACCGAGCUGUUCUGCUGGGAUACGCUAGUGUGGGUUGAACACCGUUAAACACCUCAGUGGCGUUUUCCAAUUUAUCUCAGAUUCAGAAUACUUUAUUAAUCCCAGAAGGGCAAUUCAUUCCUACAAUCUAACCCAUCCAUAAGAAGAAUAAAUAGAGUCAGUUAUCUGCGUUAAUGUGAACAUGGCCUAAAAAUGUUAUUUCUCUUUUAGUUUUUAAUUACCAUCUGUGUUUUUAAACGUGUAGGUGAACUCCUCUGAAGGCAGGUACAGUGUAAUCUGACUAUCUCUUUGUCCUUUGGUGCUGUUUGCACCGAAUGACUGAAACAUUCUGGGCUCAUGUGGGAGCUCGUGUUUCUGCAAAGUCAGCACUUAUUAAAUCUGUGGGGACAGGUCGCAGGUGCUCGCAGUGUGCAGUUAUUUAAAAGCCAGGAGCUUCACUAUUUUUCUCCCUCACCAGCAUUCAUGACUGUAGCCGAUCUGUUAUGUUAACAGUUAGAUUUGUGUAAAUGGUUUAAACUUUGCUUUCCCAUAAACUCACUGCCUUGUAAUGCAUUCUGUGGUUGCAUUUGAGAUAUUUAAGAUGACAUUUUGUGUGUGUGUGUGUGUGUGUGUGUGUGUGUGUGUGUGUGUGUGUGUGUGUGUGUGUGUGUGUGUGUGUGUGUGUGUGUCUAUGUAUGUGUGCACAGGUAUGGUUUUUUUUUCUGCGUGCUUGUAUCUGUCUUGAGGGCUUGCUCGUAAAAUGACACUGAUUUUUCGGAUCGUCAGAUUUUUAGGAGGAACUGAGAAGUAGUUAGUUGGAUCUUUAUGUGUUUAUCAAUCUGAUGAAAUGACGCAUCUGUUCAUGAUUAUUACAUCUGUACCUUCCUGCCUCUAAUCUUCAUCUGUGGGGUCUCUUCCAUUUAGCAUCAUCUGUUAGGAGUCUAUGUUUUAUGCAAGUGCACAAUACUGAGAUGUUUCAUGUCAAUAUACUUCAAUUUCAAACUGGCCAAUGAUGUUGCCUGUAUUUUGAUUUAUAUAUAUUGAGGCGUCAUACGUGUGUAAUUUACAUGGUUGCGGAAUGUGUAAUGAUUGUUUCUACUUAUGAUUGUUGCUUUUACUUUUAAUGUCGAGGCAAAAUGUAAAUGGAACAAAAUUUUGAAAAGGUUCAGAAAUCGUUUGUUCUUGUUAAUAUGAAGAAAGCGAAGUGAGACUUGUUUUUAACCUACUGUUGUUAUUUCUUCACAUUUUGGGUUAAAAUUAAGGAGCAGCUUUCAUAGAAUCGACAGUUCUGUUGCAGUGGCUCCGUAGUUGUAAUUUUAGCCAGAACUGUCUAUAUUUCCUUUACGCGCCUCAUAUUAAAGGCACUGUAUAUUAGAUUGUAAAAUACCUGGUUUUGUCAGUGGCAUUGACUUUGCACCUUAGCUUUGUAAACAUUUAUUUACCACUGGAUGCCUUGUUUUUCUGUAGAAAUCAAAGAAUGACACGGAUACAGCUUUGGCGAGUAACUUCAGUCUCAGAAUCCGCUCGAUAUGUAUAAUUCUGUAUAUUUAAAAUAUUCCAGGAAAAAUUCCUCUAUCUAGAAUUUUGAAACUGCUUUUGUAACAGAGCAAACAUAUAAAUAUUCUUUGAAAUAAAAAAAAUGACCUGUG